AUGACUCCGCAAGCCACUGCUGUCGAUGUAGAUAAUCUGCUUAUCCCCAUCAUCGACUUCUCUCUCUUCCUCCAUGGCACGCCCGAGCAGAAGACCGAGACGGCUCGCUCCAUCCUCUCAGGCUUCCAAUCGGCUGGCUUCAUCUACUUGAUAAACCACUCCAUCCCCCUCGAAACCAUCUCCCACGCCUUCUCCACCUCCGCCGCCUUCUUCGCCCGCCCACAAGCCCAAAAGGACGCCCUGGGCUGGACCACCCCGGAAGCAAACCGCGGCUACGUCGCCCACGGCCGCGAGAAGGUCUCCACCCUGACCGACCGCGCCGCCGUCGAAGCCGCCAAGGCCUCCGCCCCGGACCUCAAAGAAUCCAUGGAGAUCGGGCGAGAGGGCGCCCCCGGCACGCCGAACAACUGGCCCUCGGGGGACGCGGCCGCGGACCACUUCCGGGCCACGAUGCUGGACUUCCACGACCGCGCCCGGGCGCUGCACGUCCGCGUGAUGCGGGCCAUCGCCGUCGGCAUGGGCCUGGCCGAGGCCUGGUUCGACGGGUACACGGACGCGGGCGACAACACGCUGCGGCUGCUGCACUACCCGCCGGCGCCGAAGGCCGUGUUCCGGCGGAACGAGCGGCAGGUGCGCGCUGGGGAGCAUACGGAUUACGGGAGCAUCACGCUGCUGUUCCAGGAUGCGAGGGGCGGCCUGCAGGUCCAGAGCCCCAAGGGGACCUUUGUGGACGCGACGCCCGUGCCGGGGUCCGUGGUGGUGAACGCGGGCGACCUGCUGGCGAGGUGGAGCAACGAUACGAUCAAGAGCACGCUGCAUCGGGUGGUGGAACCGCCGGGGCCCGAGGAGGGGGAUGUGCAUCCGGCGCGGUACAGCAUUGCGUAUUUCUGCAAUCCGAAUUUCGAUCGGGAGAUCGAGGCGAUCGAGGGCACGUAUGGGGGCGAGAAGGGGGAGAAGAAGUACAAGGCCAUUAACUCGGGGGAGUACCUGGUGCAGAGGCUAGCUGCUACGUAUUGA